CGAAAUGGUUGCAUCAUGGCCGACAGCAUAAAACGUAGAAAAUUAAAUGAUGGUUUUUAUAAAAUCUCCAAGCUGUCACCUCGUCUUAGGCACUGGAAGAUUAGGGCGAAAGUCAAGAAACUGUUGACAACUGCAGAGCACCAGAGGUCAUUUAGGAAUAAGACGAAUUCGGGAAGAAAAUUAAUUUAUUUGUUGGAAGAUGACAGCGGAGAAAUGAAACUUAUAUCAUUUGGGGAAAACGCUGAAAAACUAGAAUCUUUGAACUUGCAGAUGAAUAAGGAAUAUUAUGUAUCAGGGGCCGAAUUUAAAAUCUCAAAUCCGAAAUUUCAUUUGUACCACAAAUAUGAGCUUAAGUUUGGUAAAUCCACAGUAAUUAAACCAGUGAAAGGUGACCUUUCACCAUGUGUGGGAACUUUUCCAAGUACAGCCAAACCAGCAGGAUCUCAAGCAGAAAGUUCAGAUAAUGGAAAGAGUCAGUUUAGGCCCAUUCCUCUAAAGGCAGUUCGAGAAAAUAUGAAAUCAGGAUCAUUCUUUGAUGUAAUGGGAUUUUUUAAAAAGAUUUCACAGCCAGAGAUAAGAUAUCAGAAGACAAGUACAUUUUAUGUGCAGAAGAUAUGUCUCACUGACGCCACGGGGGAGGUUAUAUUAGGACUAUCAGCAAAAUAUAAAAAUAAGUUUGAGAAACUAAAAAAGCUGAAAGAUCAAGUCAUUGGUGUGAUGAGCUGUUACUGGACGAACUGUUAUGGUCAAGAUUACAUCAAUGCAAAUUUGGAUAAAUUAUAUGAAGAACAUGAAUUAUUAGAAGAACAUGAAUUGUUAGAAGUUGAGGUGCAAAAUUUGAAGGAUUGGAAUCAACAGCUAAAAACAUCUUCUCAAAAGGCAUUACCUUCAGAGAAGAAAACUUUGGAGAAAUGUAGUGGACCCAAAAGUGGCAAUGCUUCAAAUAUGCGUCUACCUUUUACAGAAAUUACUGCAUCUCAAAGAUCUGCAAGAGAAGCUAUGGACUUUGAGCUGAAAGAGACUCCCGGUUCUAACAGGAAAACAAAGAGAAAUGGAAAUAAGAGUGGUGACAAAAGGGCUGGAGAAUCUGUAGAAGAUGAAGAUAUAUAUGAAGACAAAAAGGAGGAAGCUGUGAGUGCGAAAAAGAAGCCCAAAAAUACAUCCACCCAGAUACACACUGAAAAAGUAAUCAAAGAGAGAAAAUCCACAGAAGAGGAGAAGAAGGCUGACACUGUUAUAGUUAUAUCGAGUGACAGUGAACACAGUAGUCACAGCAACUCUGAUGACGAUGCAAGUAAUUUGGAAAAAGAAGCUGUAGAAAAGAAAAAGCCAUCAGAGAGAAAUCUAAAAAAGGCAGAAGAAAGGGGGAAGAAUGCUAAGCAAAGGCCAACCACAAGGAAAGAUACAUUGGAACCUGAAAAGAAAAGAAGAGAAAUAAAGGAUAAGGCAAACUCUGUGUCUACAAGAUUAGCUAGUACUCAUCCAUUUUCCAAAGGAACUCAUAACCAGAAAUGUGUGUUGUCAAGUGAAAUUAAGGCAGAAGUCAGUAGAAGCGUAGGACUCAUCUACAUUGAUGAUAAGCCAGCUGGGACGGGAUUCCGAGUUGGUGAAAUGUACAUCAUCACAUGUGUACAUGUCCUGGAGAUUUUCAAAGUUUUUACAACUAGACCACAUUUCAUUGCUUGUAAUCGAAUGGCUAUCGAGUUUGAUCGUAAGAAAUUCAACCAGAGAGAAAAUCCCCUUCAGAUAUUUCUUUUUCAACGCGAUAUUGCUUAUUUGGACGAGGAACAUGACUUUGUUGUAUUGAAACUUCAAUGCCAUCAAGCUGGAGUUGGAUUUCCUCCACCACUGACUUGUUUUGGAGAAGUUUCCAUGUCAGAGAUUCACCUUGUAGGACAUCCCAACGGCAGAGAAAUGAAGGAAGAUGAUAUCUUCCCAUACUGGUCAACAGAACAUGAGGAUAAAAUUAGAAAAUUAGGUAAUUGGAGUAAGGAUUUUUUUCCAGACAAAAAGGAUUACUACAGCAUCUUACUAGAACCACCCAGAAAAAUCCUGUUUGAUACAACAUUUGAUCACGGAUCCUCAGGAUCCCCAGGGGUCAUGAUUAGGGAUGACAAACCAUGUUUGGUUCUGAUGCUUGCAGGGGGCACGCCAAAAUAUAUCUACGAUAACGCAUAUUCAACAACUUUGAAAGUUGAAGACCAUGAAAAAGUAGAAUAUGGGUUUCCCAUAUCUGAUAUAUUCAAAAAGAUGUGGAAUUCUCCUAAGCAGAAAGACAAGGAUCUUGCAUCCAAUAUUUUCACAGAAUUCAUCUGACUUUUAUCUGCAUGGAAUUUGACCAUCAUAUUAAUAUUCCAAUUCUGCAAGUUAACAGCCCUGGUAUAUAAAAGGAAAUAUAACGCAAAUUCUUUUAAGAAAAGUAAGUUCUAGAUUCUCUGUGAUGUAUACAGGGAAAUGCUUCUUCUUUUUUAUGACAAGUUAUGCACCCUAUUUUGGCCUUAGCAUUAAAUAUAAAAUAGUAUGAUCGUGUGUAUAUUUUUUUAAAAGAUUUUUUUCUUUGAUAAGAGGGAUAAAUAGGUAGCAUUGUGAUUACGAUAUUCCUAUCUGGUCAAAAAGUUAUUUAAAAAUUUUCAUUAUCAUCAUGAAAAUGUUUUUUUUAACUAAAAAUUAGAGUAUUGUUUAUAUUUUAAUGUAUACAGUAUAUAAACAUAGAUGUCUGUGCUUUCUUACCUGUAGUUCAUUUGUUAUCUUUCAAACGGCUAUGUGGGUUGUUUGGGAUGUUUGAUCAUCAGCAUUUCCACUUAAUUAAUUUAUAUACUCUGAUUUAUUGCAUUUUUUAUACACACGUCUCUAUUGUGUUCAUGUGAAAUGUCACUGGAAUCCUAAAAAUUCAUAAAAUGAAUUGGUCAGUUGGUGACACCUUCUAAUUUACGUUAGAUCUGUGUAAGUUAUUUUUAGUAAUCAUGAGCAACCUGAUCAAGGGCCCGUAAACCCACUAAUUAGUAAAAAAAAAAAACUGACACAUUUAUAGGAAUCAAAAGUGUGCAUGCUUUGAUUAUACUGCUUGGCGAAUUAUGCUUUAACUUGUGUAUUCCCGUAUUUGAACAUAUAUCUUCUCAUAUAACAAGCUUUGGUUAUUGUUAUUAAUCAGAAACUAUGUAUAUAGAUGUACAACAAGAUUUACUGUAUCAGGCCAUGUACAUGUAUCAUUCCGGCACAACUAGGAUUGGUCUUAUCAACAUAAAAAAUCCACUUUAUACGCUUGUAUCGCGUCACAUGAACAAGCUUCUCUUUAUGUAACGAAGUAUAUUUUAUAAUUGUACCAAGUUGUUUGUCAUUCUAAUACAUGUAUAACAAGUCUAACAUUUUGGAUUGUGUACUCCUUGUUUUCUGUUUCACUUAUGAUGAAGGAACAGAUGCACAUGUGACUGUCUAUUACCUAUGUUUGAUACAUUUUAAGAUAGUAUUAUUAUUUAGGAAAACAAGUAAACUUAAAGUAAAAUAUACAUGUUCUUUGUGGGUUUUUUAUUUUUAGAACAAUUCUCAAUUUGUGUAAGCUUGUUUAAUACACAUGUAUAUCGUUUUAUGUGAUAUUCAUAAAAAGUACUCGAUAAGAAUGUUGUCAGAAAUUUUAUUUGUGCAUAUACGAGGGUCAAUCAAAAAAUACGAAGACAAUGUGGCUGUCUAUCAUAUAUUUUUAAUGAAAGUCAUACUUAACAGAUUAAUCUGUGCACCAAUACUUAUGUUAUUGAUAUGCGAAGUUUUAGUCCAUUUGAUGAAACGGUAUUUUUGUUACCCCUUUUUAAAAACAACAUGUUAUGUCACCACGGCGCACGGUAACGUUCAAAACAUGACGUCAAGAUAAAACACGCAAGGUUUAUAGAUAUACCCCAUCUUUAUAUCGCGCUUAGUGUAUUGUGCCUUUCUCCUUACAAUUUAAAAUGGCACUGAACCACUUAACAUCUUAUUUGCACACAUUUAUUCAAGAAUCAUAGGUUAGUUCUUCGAAUUUUUCAUUUUCUAACCGUGUAUCUCUUAGUGUACAGUUGGGAUAAUCCUGAACGUCGGUUGACGUUACUUAUUUUUUGACCAAAUAUUUACAGAUAUUUUACUCUCUUUCUGACUGUUUUAUAUUCAAAAUACAAUUACCACCACCCCCCAAAAAAUUAUUACAGUUAAACACAAACUUGCAAAUAGCUGUUGCCUUAUCUUUUGCACCUUUGAGCAUUUUCAUAGCUUGUAUCGGCUUUUUUGUGAGUUAAAUCUAUUUUGUUUGUACUUCUCGUUGCGCCGUGACGUCUGGCGACGUCGAUGUUUUUAGUCAAUUCUAAAGAGGACUAUCUGUCUUUAGCUACUAAUAUCUGUUUGACAAAACAAUAUAUCCCGUCAUUAUUUGGUAAAUAGAAUACCAUGACUAUACUUAAUUUGAGGUUUCAAUGUUAUUUGGUUUUAAGCCCAAUUUAUAGAGAUAUUACUUAUAACAUUAUAUGGUUAAUUAUUGACAUAACACAAAUCUUGACCGUGCGCCGUGACCUUAUUUUUGCAGGAUUAGAUUCUGAAAAAUUCUUAGAAAUAAAGGAAUUUUUUAUUUUUUUUUCUUGCAAAUUGUUUAAAACUAUUCCUAAAUUAUGUCUACCAAAUUUAGUAAUGAUAUGACGUUAAGUAACAUAGCUAUGACAAAAGUCUUCGUAUUUUUUGAUGACCCUCGUACGUGUUUGGAUUUAAUUCGUAUUUGAAUACAUGUAUUUUAAGAUUUAGAAUUAAUGAAUUUAAAAAAAAAUUAACAUCAUUCUUUCAUUUUUAUUAACCGGUCUUUCCGAAGGUGAAAUUUUUGAAGCGGUGAAAAUGGCGGGCGGGUGGCGGCUGCCAAAAGGGUACCCUUAUUGUACGGAUAACUUUUUGCAGAUCAAUUAUACAUACCGUAUAUCCGAGGUGUGCAUAUUGCUAGGAUUUUGAUUUCUGAUAAUUUAUGAAAAAAAUACCAGCUGUUGAACUUAGUCAUUUUUGGCCAAAAAAAAUAUAGAGUACCCCAUUUCUGUGGAUAGGUUGUGUUCAUCAAUUCAUGGUUGACAAAUGGAUUGUGGAUACUGUUCACUCAAGAGAAAACCCGGUUUGUUGUCACAUUGACAGCUUUUCUCUUCUUAAAAGCAUUAUAGUGAACGAAUUGGCUUUAACGCCAUCAAAUUUAAAAGAUUCUGUGGCAGUAAUUGAAACUGUUUUAAAAAAAAACAUGCAUAUUUAUCUAUCAACAUAUCUAUCUAUCUAUCUGUCUAUCUAUCUAUCUAUCUAUCUAUCUAUCUAUCUAUCUAUCAUUAGAGCUUAAUAAUAUAACAGUACCUAUCAAGUUUAACAAAUUUUAAUCAACCGUUUUGAAAUUAAAGAUACAUGUACAUAAAUAUUAUUUGUGAUUUUAUUAAGAAAUGCUUGAUCCUACAAUAUCUUGCCAUUCUUUUUUGUAUUGCUUUGUAAGGCUCAGUGUUUUGUAUUCAUUUUUUUUUUAAUUCUAUUGUGAAAUAAAUUGUCUUUUCUCUGUUUCUCCCAUUUUCUAAAGUUAACAUUUUUUAAUUGCAUAUAUGUACAUGUAUUCAUUUUGUAUGACUUCAAAAUCCAGAAGGUACUGUACAAAUAAUUAGUAAAACUGCAUUGAAUAUCAAUAAAUAUU